AGGUAGAGUGCCUCUAGAUUUUUGAAGAGCCAUAAAAAAGAGAAGAGACAGCUUCAGUCUGAGAGAGCAUGACCAGAUCAUCAGGUUGAAUUCCUAGGUGCUUCAGGGAUUAAAGGUAGUGACUCUUGCCUGCCCACUGUUGUCAGCUUUCAUUCCUCUGCAGUUCACUCAUAUCAUUAUGUCUCAGUAUCAGGCAAAUCGAGAAUGCCUAGAGGACAAAGACCUUCAGAAAUGCAGUGAGCCUCAAUGCCUAGAGCUUGCCCAGGUCUUCAAAGAUGAGGAGAAGAAAUUUCUCUCCUCCUCCAAUCGUCUUGUGCCUGGCACCCUGGAGGAGGCUCCUGUGGCUGAGACACCCAGUACUUCCAAGGGUCUUCAGCAUUAUUGUCUUUCUUCAAGCAAUUCUGAGCAGGGUGCCAGUAGCCAAGAAAAUGAGCAGAUCUCAUGCACCAAACAGGCUGCAGUGGUCCCUGGGAAUGUGCCUCAUAAUGAUGUGAAUGAGAAAGUGGCUGUACUAGUGAAUUUCAUGCUGCUCAAGUAUCAAAUGAAAGAGCUAGUAUGGAAAGCAGAUAUGUUGGAGAUUGUCAUGCAAGACAAUGAGGUACACUUCCCAAAGAUUCUACUGCAGGCCUGCCAGACCAUGGGGAUGGUGUUUGGCUUAGAUGUGAAGUUACUGGAUUCCUUGAACCACUGCUAUGGGAUCUUCAUCAAGCUUGGCCUCACCUAUGAUGGGAUGGGGAGUGAUGAAGGCAGCGUGCCCAAGACUGGCCUCUUGAUACUUCUCCUGGGUGUGAUCUUCACAAAGGGCUCCUGUGUCCCGGAAGAGGAGGUCUGGAAAGCACUGAAGCUGACAGGGUUGUAUCCUGGGAAGAAACACAUUCUGUUUGGGGACCCCAGGGAAAUCAUCACCAAAGAAUUUGUGAAGGAAAAGUAUGUGGAGUACCGGCUGGUAGCCAACAGUGAUCCUCCUCAGUAUGAAUUCCUGUGGGGCCCAAGAGCCUAUGCUGAAACCAGCAAGAAGAAAGUCCUGAAGUUUAUGGCCAAUAUUCUGGGAACUGACCCGUGUCAUUUGCCGGAUCAGUAUGUAGAGGCUGUGCUGGAGAAAGUAGAGAAAGCACUCACCAGUAUUUCCUUGUGGGCUGCCUCCAGGUUCAGGUCCAUUGUAAGGUACUCUGCUAUGGGCAGUAGUUUCUCCCAUCCCUAGUCACAGGAGACAUGGGUUGUCACUGUUCCAAGAGUAGCUAGUUUAUACCAAGUGCAGGCUAGUACUGAAAGAAUGUAGGUGCUGGUAGUGGGAUGAGUCUGACAGGAAAACAGAAUAUAUCAUUCACAUGUAGUUUUUAAUGCAUAAUCUCACAAUUUAUUGAUUUAUUUUCUGAAAGUUGUAGUUUUCAACAAAACUUAUUUCAUUUAAAAUCGAUUUAGUUGGAAUAUCUUUAAUAUCCAAAUCAUAUUAUUCACACAUAAUGUCAUUUAUGAGGUUAAUUAAUAUCAUCAUUUCUAUAUGAUAAAAAAUUUUAAAAGAAUUGAUUUUGUGUUGUCAUGUGGAAUAAAAAAAAUUGAAUUUACAUAGACAUGUCUGUGAAAAUAUGAAAGAACUCACU